AUGGUUAAAUUCCUUUUAUUAUUGAUCCUUACAAAGCUUGGCUCCUCCUAUAUUUACUACGACACUGGAAUGAUUUAUGACUUAGAUUUCGAGCAUGAUUCAAGUUUUAACUGCUAAAACGGUGUCUCUAAAGUAGUAACCAAAACAUUUUCGAAUUAAUUUGAGUAAAUUCCUCAAGUAUUUUUUACUUUUGAACAUAUUGAUAUAGAAUCAUCCGAUAUGGGGUUUAAAUUAGCAAUAACAACUAUUACUACAACAUCAUUUACAUUAGAACUAAAUUGUUAUUGGCGUCGAGCAUAUACCCUGAUACUAAGGUGGUUUGCUUUUGAUGACUAACGUAUUUAAGUUUUAAGUAAUUUCAAUAUGGAGAAUCCAGAUGAUAAAACCUUUUAAAUUAAAAAUCCAAAUGCUUAAACUGGGUUUCUAUAACUCACAAGUUUGCGUUAUACAGGACAAAUUGAUUUUCUAUUAUCGGUGAUCAUUAUUAUUAUUAUAGAUAAGCCAAAUUACUACUAAUUCAGUAACUGUCAGCAUUACUAAAGUAGCAGGAAAGUUUUCAAAUCUUAAAUUGAUUGGGUAUUUUGUCGUCGUAGGAGUUGA